AUGCGGAGAAGCAGGCUGGCGAUCAUAUACGCACCCGACUCGAGUCCAAGGUUUAGCAAGCGGGGCUCCAAGCACAACUCGGCACCGACAAUAGGGACCCCGAGACGGAAUAAACCAGUCAAAAUAGCACUCAAAAAGCGAGAGUUAGAGAGGCGAAGUGGUGCCCGAGGAAUCGGUCUAGCUGUGGCUACUGGAUAUGCCGAGGCUGGUGCUCAAAUUGCUAUCAUCUACCGAACGACUGAGACAGCCCCUGCGACCGCAGAGCGACUGGCAUCUAAUUACAAGACAAAGGCCCGCGCCUAUCGGGCUGAUGUCACCAUGCCAAACGAAAUUUAUGCGGCUGUGGAUCAGAUUGUGAAGGAUUUCGGAAAAUUAGACGUGAUUGUGGCUAAUGCUGGGAUUUGUUCUGAACAUGCGGGCGAGGACUACACGCAGGAGGAGUUCCUGGAGGUUAUGGAUGUCAAUGUCAACGGGGCAUUCUAUACUGCACAAGCUGCUGCGAAGAUCUUCAAGCAACAGGGAUUCGGUAAUGUUGUUUUCACGGCUUCUGUCAGUGCAUCAUUGGUCAACACGCCCCAACGACAGGCUUCGUACAAUGCUUCAAAGGCUGGCGUUCUGCAGCUUGCCCGGUCACUAGCGGUUGAGUGGAUUGAUUUCUGUCGAGUGAAUUGUGUCUCCCCUGGUUAUAUGGAGACCAAUAUGACAGCUUAUGCGUCUGAGGAAAUGCGUAACAAGUGGCUGGAUCAGACCCCCGCUCGCAGAAUGGCUUCUCCGUACGAAUUGAAAGGGGCAUAUCUUUUCUGUGCAUCGGAUGCUUCUAGUUACAUGACUGGGUCGAACAUUGUGGUUGAUGGUGGUUUCACUUUGCCUUGA